AUGAAGGUUCUGGAGAACCUCAAGAAUGUCAGCAGUAAGUUUGUAGGCUUCUGUCAAACCAACCUCCUUGACCUCCAUGUUGGUGAAUCAUAUGCGAGCUUUGCGUUAAUUUCUGAUAUCCUCAAAGAGAAUGUUGACAUUCCAGAGCUGGGAACAUAUCUUCAGGAAGGCAAUAAAGCAGUUAGGACAACUACAAUAAUAGGAGAAAUGAGUGAAGUGAUUGGUCAAUUACUAAUGGUUCCAAUGCAACAUGUGAAUGGUGGCCCUUGUGGAGGAUGCCCCAAGGAAAAUACAUAUGACCCCGAUGAUCAGGCGGGACCCAAUAUGUUGAUUGAUGGAAUCGUCAGACACCAAGUGGCUCUUCCACAUGGCUACAACUACAUUCCAAUAUCCGAACACGUACCUCCAGCUACUCCAGCUAGAGUGUAUCCAUUUUCUCUCGAUCCAUUUCAGAAAGUAGCCAUUGCAUCGAUACAACGAUCCGAGUCAGUUCUUGUCAGUGCGCACACUUCUGCUGGCAAAACUGUGGUUGCUGAGUAUGCAAUUGCGCAAGCUCUAAGUGCUAACCAGCGAGUGAUAUAUACCAGUCCGAUUAAGGCUUUAAGUAAUCAAAAAUACAGAGAAUUACAAGAGGAAUUUGGUGACGUUGGUUUAUUGACUGGAGAUGUUUCUAUUAACCCAUCCGCCGGGUGUUUAGUUAUGACAACUGAGAUUUUGCGCAGUAUGUUAUAUCGCGGCAGCGAAAUAUUGCGCGAAGUUUCUUGGGUAAUUUUUGAUGAAAUACAUUAUAUGCGUGAUAAAGCGCGCGGUGUUGUAUGGGAGGAAACGCUUAUUCUAUUACCACAUCAAGUACACUAUGCAUUCUUAUCAGCCACUAUUCCGAAUGCAAUGGAAUUUGCAGAGUGGGUUUGUACAAUACAUGAACAGCCUUGUCACGUUGUAUACACAGAUUACCGUCCGACUCCCUUACAACAUUACAUUUUUCCUAACGGAGCUAGUGGUAUCUAUAUGGUAGUUGACGAGAAAGGAGUAUUUCGCGAGGAUAACUUUCAAGCAGCUCUCGCAGAUAUGCCAAAAGACAAUGAGAAAGAAUCUUCUGAUAGAAAAAGUCGAAAGACAAAGAAGAAUGGAAGAGAAAUCACGGAUGGACCACCCGAUAUAUACAGAAUUGUAAAGAUGAUUAUGCAAAGGAAUUAUAACCCAGUAAUCAUAUUUGCGUUUGGCAAGAAAGAGUGCGAAUUGCUAGCAUUGCAAAUGAGUCAAUUGGAUUUAAAUGAUGAUAACGAGCAUCAAUUAGUGGAUCAAAUAUUUACCAACGCCAUAAACGGUCUAAACGAAGAUGAUAAACAACUGCCUCAAAUUGAACACAUACUUCCUCUCCUUCAUCGGGGUAUUGGGAUACAUCAUUCAGGAUUAUUGCCUCUCCUAAAAGAAGUCAUCGAAAUUCUUUUUCAAGAGGGGCUCAUCAAAGUAUUAUUUGCGACCGAAACUUUCGCGAUGGGUUUGAACAUGCCUGCAAAGACAGUAGUAUUCUCACAAGUAUCAAAAUGGGAUGGAAAAAACUUGAGAUAUUUAACUUCUGGAGAAUAUAUACAAAUGUCUGGGCGAGCAGGAAGACGAGGUCUUGAUGAGAGGGGAAUUGUCAUUAUGAUGGCCCAUGAUAAGGUGGAGCCAUCAGUCAUGAAAAACAUGAUCAUGGGCGACGCAGACCCCCUGAUCUCUGCAUUUCAUUUAAAAUACAACAUGAUUCUCAACAUGACACGGCUCGAAGGUAUGAGCCCUGAGCAUAUGCUUAGAAACAGCUUUUAUCAGUUCCAAAAUACUACAAGCCUACCGAACUUGGAAGUGGAGUAUAAAUGUUUGGAAGAAGAGAGAGAUUGUAUAGUAAUACCAAAUGAAGAGGUUGUAUCCGAGUACUAUGAAUUACGACAACAACUCGAGAUACAUUCUCGUGACAUGCGGGAUGUGCUUAAUCAUCCUGUAUAUUCUGUGCAGUUCUUGCACGUUGGAAGACUCGUAAGGAUUGAGAUGGACGGAACUGAUUUUGGAUGGGGCGCUGUCGUAUCAGUUUCAAGAGCGAAGGUGUUGAACGUAAAAAAAGAUGGAAAAGAUAGCAGACGCACACCAAAGGAAUCUCUAAGGUCGACAGAUUUCGUUAUCGAUGUAUUGCUGAACUGUGACUCGAGUUCGAUUGUUGCAAAGAAUCCUGAUGGAACAACAACUGGAGUUAAGCCACCCCGAGAGGGUGAAAAGGGCACGCCUAUGGUCAUACCAGUAUUAUUAACAGCACUGAAUGGCAUUAGUACUGUCCGUGUCUUUUCACCUAAAGACAUUACAUCCCUCGAGGCUAGAAGAGAAAUGUAUCGAAAUUUGCAAGAAGUUCUCGAGAGGUUCGACAACAAUGUGCCAUUACUGGACCCAGUGUUGGAUAUGGGUAUUAAAGACGCAGGCUUCGCGAAGCUUAUGGAGCGCAUAGAGACACUCGAAUCGCGUCUCAUUAAUAAUCCCUUGAAUAAAUCUCCCCGUUUAACAGAACUUUACGAGCUUUAUAGCAGAAAAAUGACAAUACAACAAAAACUCCGCGCACUUCGCAAGAAAAUCCAAUUCGCCCAUUCAUUAAUACAACAAGAUGAACUAAAAAGUCGCAAACGCGUUCUCCGUCGUCUUGGCUAUCUCACAUCCGCCGACGUUGUAGAUAUUAAAGGCCGAGUGGCUUGCGAGAUAAAUGCUGGAGAUGAGCUUGUGCUUACGGAAUUGUUGAUGAAUAGAUUCUUUAAUGACAUGUCACCGGAGUUGACUGCGGCUGUGAUGAGUUGUUUUGUGGUUGAGGUCGGAGAACUCGAUCCAGGUUCAUUAAGGGAAGAAUUUGCAGCCCCUUAUAGGGUUAUCAAAGAGACAGCCACGAGAAUUGCAGAAAUUACUGUUGAGUGUAAACUACAAAUAGAUAUUACGGAGUAUAUAUCAAAGUUUCACUGUGAUCUGAUGGAAGUAGUUUAUUUGUGGACACAGGGUGCAAAGUUCUAUCAAAUAUGUCAAAAGACGGACAUAUUUGAGGGAAGCAUCAUACGACAUUUCCGUAAUCUAGAAGAAGCCCUACGAUCUAUGGUAUCCGCUGCCAAGUGUAUUGGGAAUACACAAUUAGAGAGCAAAUUCUCAGAAGCUCUUACAAAAAUCAGAAGAGAUAUCGUAUUUGCAGCAUCACUAUACUUAUAA